AGGGGAGGGGGCUGUCUCAGAGGCCUGUCAAUCAAAGUGUGGUGGGGAGGGGAGGGGGGGAGAGAGAGACCCCUGAGCGAUGCAGCAGAGGAAGCAGAGGAGGAGGAGGAUGGAGGGCAGGGUCGCAGGAUGCGAUGGCGAGUGAGCCCCCCAGCGCCAGGGCCGUGCCCCCUCCUCCGGCCCCCCCUCCGCCCAGACUGACCCGCCUGACCUCCGGCCCCUGGAAGCGCCCUGCCGGAGGGGGGUCCUCCCCGCACGCCGCCCCCUCCCCCUCCUCUGCCCUGCCCCCCUCCUCCUCCUCGGGACCCCGGUUCUGGGAGGGCCAGGACGUGCUGGCCCGCUGGACCGACGGGCUGCUCUACCUGGGCACUAUCAAGAAGGUGGACCCCCUGCGCCAGGUCUGCCUGGUUCAGUUUGAGGACGACUCCCAGUUCCUGGUGCUCUGGAAGGACAUCAGCCCAGCGGCCCUCCCCGGGGAGGAGGCCUCCUGCUGCGUCUGCCACUCCGAGGCCGCCGGGCCCGAAAACCGGCUGGUCAGGUGCGCCAAAUGCAGCCACGCCUUCCACCAGGAGUGCCACUUGCCCCGGGUGUUGAGCGAGGGCCCAUGGAUGUGCCGCCAGUGCGUCUUCGCCGUGGCCACCAAGCGUGGGGGAGCGCUGAAGAAGGGCCCCUACGCCAAGGCCAUGCUGGGCAUGAAGCUGGUGCUCCCCUACCAGCUGAAGGCCCUGGACUGGGACCCCGAGCACCUCACCAACCGCCAGCAGUGCUACUGCUAUUGCGGGGGGCCCGGAGAGUGGAACCUGAAGAUGCUCCAGUGCUCCCAGUGCUCCCAGUGGUUCCACGAAGCCUGCACCCAGUGCCUGAGCAAGCCCCUCCUCUAUGGGGACAGGUUCUACGUCUUUGAGUGCUGCGUCUGCCGAGGGGGCCCCGAAAGCGUCCUCCGGCUGCCCCUCCGAUGGGUGGACGUGGCGCACCUGAUCCUGUACCACCUGAGCAUCUGCUGCAAGAAGAAGUACUUUGACUUUGAGCGGGAGAUCCUGCCCUUUGCCAGCGAGAACUGGGACAGCCUCCUCCUCGGAGAGCUCUCAGACACCCCAAAGGGGGAGCGCUACAGCCAGCUCCUGAACGCUCUGACCGGACACAAGGACAGAUUCAUUUCCGGGAAGGAGAUCAAGAAGCGCAAGGGGCUCUUUGGACUGCACUCGAGGGUCCCCCCGCCGGCCCCCCAUGUCGCGGACGGAGGGCUCCCCCUCAUUUCGGAGGACAGGUUCCUUUCAGGGCAGGGCAGGCGGGGGAAGGGGCCGCAGAGGGGCCUCCGGGGGGCACAGAGGCAGCAGCAGCAAAGCAGGCGGAGGAGCAGCAGGCAGCGGGACAAGGACAAGGACCAGGACCAGGACCAGGGUGGCCUCAGCAGCAGCAGCAGCAGCAGCAGCAGCAGCAACGUCCAGGAGAAGGGGCCGCCGCAAGAAGCCCCUGCCCAGGAGGUGGCCCCGACCCCGGCCAGCACUAGCCAGGGCCACAGCGGCGGCGGUAGCGGGGGCAACGAGGGCGGCCCCUCCAGCACCUACAACUUCCGCCGCACGGAUGCCCGCUGCCAGGACAGCGCCUCGAUCCGGAUGUUCGCCUCCUUCCAUCCCUCGGCCAACACUGCAGGGACCUUGAGCACAAACGGCAAUGGCGGAAGCAGCAGCAGCAGCAGCAGCGGUAUCUCCUUGGAUCCUUCCGACGCGGCGGCACUCGCACCCGGCGCUUCCUCUUCCUCGGCCGCCCCCGAGAGCCCCCCCGAGCGGCGCCCCCCCAGCGCCUUCCCUCCCCCUCGCGCCCCCCCCAAGCGCCACCCCCCUCAGCCCCCGCCCCCCCUCCCGCCGCCCCCCGCCCCCCCUCCCCCCUCCUCCUCCUCCACCAGCAGCUACUUCGGGGCCAUGGGGCGCCUGGCGCGUGGGGAGGCCGUGCGCAUCCUGGCCCGGAGGGUCACCACCGAGGGCACCGUCCAGUACUUGGUGGAGUGGGACGGAGGGGGCAUGUUCUAGGCCCUCGGCUUUGCAGGGGGAGGACGAGGACGACGAAGAGGGAGAGAAGGGCAUCGCCUGCGGUUCUGACUGCAUUCCGGAAGCGCCAGCCACCCCUUGGGGUUCCCGCUGGAUUCCCGGACGAAGUGGGAGAGGAAAGGCCACCGCUCGCAGUUCAGACAUGGAGGAGGAAGAGGAGGAGGAGGAGGAAGAGGAGCAGGAGGAGGCGGCCCAGGCGACGGGAUGGACUCCCGGCCGAAAUGCGGGGAGACCGAGGAGAGGAAGGGGGAACCCGUGCGCGGAGCAUCUCAAGAAUGACUCUGGACACGGGAACCCCCUUGAGAAGGCCACGGACUAGGAGGCACUUCCUUGCGCGACUAGAUGUGGAGUUUCUUAGGAGGGGAGGAAGAAGGCGAGGAGACGACGAGGAGGAGGAGGAGGAGGAGGAGGAGGCCCCCUUUUCACCAGCCGCCACUUUGUGUCGCCCCCAUCCAGACUCUGCGGGAGGGGGGUCUUUGCACAAGAGUUUCGAUUUCGGUUUAUGUUCUGAAGGUUCUUUCUGUUAUAGUUAAGAGGCAGGGGGACGUAGGGGGUCUGGAAGGGGGUCCCACCCCCCCUCCUCCCCCCUCGGCCCCGUUUUAGUCUGCAUCCGCAUUUCGUAGCUGCUGCCUUUGCACCGCCUGCCGUUGCUGCUGCUGCUGAACUGACUCUGUACAAAAACUGCAAAUAAAAAGAGCUUGCCAUAGAAAAAGAGA